CCCAAGAUAAUACACAAGUAGAAUAAGGAGACGAUUACAAGCAAAGAUCACUCAAAAAUAAAAAAACUCAAGUUAAAGCACAAGUUGAUAAGUAAACAUAUUCAAUACAUUACUCUAAAACUUGUUCCAGAUAUUUUACCAACUAUAUUUAUAGCCCUUUACUCGAAAAUAACCGUUUCUAGCAAUUGUGGGUCAUUAAAUGCUUUGCAGAUCAAGUGGCUCAUUUGCGUAUCUCAGAGUGGAGUUAGGUAACUUCGUGGCCUUCAUUGCCGCCUUUAACAUUCUCCUGGAUUAUGUCAUUGGUGGUGCUGCCGUAGCUCGAUCGUGGACUGCCAACUUUGCUACCCUCUGCAACCACCAAGCUAAUGAUUUCCGCAUCAAUGUGACCAGCCUUCUUCAUGAUUAUGGCCACUUCGACCCCAUUGCUGUUGUUGUGAUAACUGUCAUCGCUGACACCAAAAAUUACACCCCUUUUGCCCCCUUUGGCGUUCAUGGCAUUUUCAAGUCUUCAGCUGUGCUUUUCUUCGCAUAUGUCGGUUUUCAUGCUGUCUCAACAAUGGCUGAAGAUACUAAAAACCCUGCUCGAGAUAUUCCCAUUGGUCUUGUUGGCUCAAUGACAAUUAUGACUGUUGCAUACUGUCUGCUUGCUAUAACAUUAUGCCUAAUGCAACCAUAUCCGCAGAUCGACCGGGAUACCCCAUUCCCCGUGGCAUUUGAAGCUGUGGGGAUGAAUUGGGCUAAAUAUCUGACCCAUAUUGCACGUACCCGCAUGAUGCCGCACUGGUUAGCACAAAUCAAUCCCAAGACAGGAACGCCAAUCAAUGCAACAAUUGUCAUGCUUGCUGCCACAGCAAUCAUUGGCUUCUUUACUCAACUAGAUAUUCUUUCCAAUCUUCUCUCAAUAUCAACAUUGUUCAUCUUCAUGCUUGUAGCUAUUGCUCUCCUUGUUCGCCGAUAUUAUGUCAGUGGGGUGACAACACCAACAGACAGAAACAAACUUGUUAUUUGCAUAGCGUUCAUUCUUGGGUCUUCUGCUGCCACUACUGCUUACUGGGCACUAGGUAGCGAUAAUGACCGGACUGCAUAUGUGAUUACAGCGCCAAUUUGGUUAUUGGCUACCUUGGCACUUCAGCUUAUUGUUCCAAAGGCUAGGACUCCAAAACUAUGGGGCGUUCCAUUGGCUCCUCGGUUGCCAUCAGCUUCCAUUGCCAACAAUAUUUUCCUUCUUGGAUCCAUAGACCGUGCAUCCUUUAUAAGGGGGGGCGGGCGCCCCACCUUGCACCCCCCUGGCUCCGUCCCUGGUCAUGGGGAGAAUCAGGCUGCCGAUGGAUACUGGAAUGCUGAAGAAGGUGCGGUGUCUUCCAAUUAUACCACAAAAUCCUAGUAGUUAAAGCAGAAAUAUGUAGGUGAACAAUGUUUGUAGCUUCUUCUAAUUUAUUUUUCUAAACUGCUAUAGGAUUUUCUGUCUUUGGGGAAAAAAAGGGUGUAUGUUAG